AUGGACUCCACCACCGCACCUCGGGUAGACGCUCAGCCUGCCGCCGUCCCCGCCUUCCAGCGACCCUCUGGCAGUGGCGGAGGCAACAAGAAGGGCACCAGCGCAGAGCGCCGUGCCACCCACAACGCCAUCGAGCGAGCUCGCCGCGAGUCGCUCAACGGACGAUUCCUGCAGCUUGCCGCGUCGCUGCCGUCCAUCUCGGACGUACGCCGACCAAGCAAGUCGCUCAUCGUCAACAAGUCGCUCGACUUUGUCGCCGACGCUCUCAAUCGAGAGACCAUGUACCGCGUCAAGAUCGACAGCGUGCGUCAGGAAAACAUGCAGCUGCGUCAGCAGCUCAACAAGUUUCUCGCGCAGGCCGGCCUGGAGCAGCUCCCGCCUCCGCCCGUUGACGAGUUGCCAGUUCCGAUGGCCGAGAUGCGCAACAAGAAGCGCGCGUCUGGCAUGACUGCUUCGGCCAACUACGGUGACCUGUACGACCUCGACGACGACGAUGGUCCUCUAGCUCCGGGCAGCGAAGGAGAAGGCGGCAAGACGAGCCCCACGUCGUCUUGCUCGGCAGCUUCGAGCCUGCGAGGCUCGCUCUCGAGCUCGCAGCCUGCUGGCGUGGCUGCCUUCACUCCGCUCUCGCACGGUGGUGUGUACGGCCCUGCGGCUGGCUUCCUCGCUACGCCGGCCACCUCGCUCUCUGUGAACGGCACGUCGCCUGGCGCCUCGACCAACUCGGACGAGAUCGGCGCCAGGGAGCGUAGCGCCGGGUUUGAGGACGCCGCGGGCAACUGGACCAUGGUGUCCAAUGGGGUGGGUGUGACCCAGGCACCCACGGCUGCACCGCAGCUGACCUAUGCCGGACUUGCCUUCUCGUCGGCCGGCGUGAAUGGCGGAGUGGCCGCAGUAGCGCCUGGAGCUCGCCUCGUCAAUGGCGUCCCGCAGUUUGCGACCAACGGCAGUGGCGAAAGUGGCAACGCUGGAUUGUCUGCUGUUCCUGCUGUGCUUGCUCAGGACGGGCAGUCACACAUGUAUUCGAUGAACGCGGGCAACUUCAUCAACCUUCGCAACGCGCAGCAAAUGCAGCAGCAGCAGCAGCAGCAGCAGCAGCAACAGCAGCAACAGCAGCUCCAGUACCAGCUGCAGCUGCAGCACCAACAGCAGCAGCAGCAACAGCAGCAACACCACGUUGCCAACUUUGCCCACUUUAAUCCGUCGUCUUUUUUUGAACAGGCGCCGCUGCAGUCCGCUAGCUUCAUGACUGCAGUCUGCCGGCCGCCUCCACUGCCCCUCGCCCUCACCCUCAACCUCAACCUCGCCUCGAGACUAGCUAGCUUGGCGCGUCGAGAACACCCGGAACCCUCCCUCUUCACAUCGCUUCCAUCAUCCUCAGUUCUUGGCAACAUGGGCGUGCUUGCGGCUCACCGAUCUUCGUCGCGCGGCCUGGCGCGUGCCGCCAUCGCAUCCCAGCGAUGGAUGAGCAGCAGCGCUUCCGCAUCGCGCGUCGCUACCGCCUCGACUGCCGCUGCUGCUGCGGCUCCCGCUCAGGCUACCAAGCCUCGCGCUGCUGCUGCUGCGGCCACGACCGUGCGCCCGUACUCGAGCGCGGCAGCUCGCGAGAACGCAUACGAUCGAGAGACCAUCACGCGUCUCUUGUACUCGCUCGCAUCGCGCAAGGAGGUCGAGAGGUACCUGCGCAUCUUCUCCGCCGCCGACAAGUUCGCCGUAAUCAAGGUCGGCGGCGCCAUCCUCACCCACCAGCUCGAGGAACUCGCGCUGAGCCUCUCCUUCCUUCACCGCAUCGGCCUCUACCCCAUCGUCCUCCACGGCGCCGGCCCCCAGCUCAACGAGCUCCUCGAGAAGGAGGGCGUCGAGCCAGACUACAUCGACGGCAUCCGCAUCACCGACGCAAAGACGCUCAAGGUCGCGCGUGGCAUCUUCCUCCAGGAGAACAUGCGCCUCGUCGAGAAGCUCGAGUCGCUCGGCAGCCGCGCCCGCCCCAUCCCCAUCGGCACCUUCACCGCAGACUACCUCGACAAGGAAAAGUACGGCCUCGUCGGCAAGAUCAACAAGGUCGACAAGGAGCCCAUCGAGAGCGCCAUCCGUGCAGGCUGCAUCCCCAUCCUCACCUCGCUCGCCGUCACCAACGACGGCCAGAUCCUCAACGUCAACGCCGACGUCGCCGCCUCCGAGCUCUCCAAGACGCUCGAGCCGCUCAAGAUCGUCUACCUCAACGAGAAGGGCGGCCUCUACCACGGCAAGACCAAGGAGCUCAUGGAGGUCAUCAACCUCGACGAGGAGUACGACGACCUCAUGAAGGAGGAGUGGGUCAAGUACGGCACCAAGCUCAAGCUGCGCGAGAUGAAGGAGCUUCUCGACCACCUCCCGCGCUCCUCGUCCGUCGCCAUCAUCUCGGUCGACCAGCUCCAGAAGGAGCUCUUCACCGACAGCGGUGCGGGUACGCUCAUCCGCCGCGGCUACAAGCUCUACCGCAAGAACAGCAUCGAGGAGGUGGGCGCUGAGCGCAUCCGCCAGGUGCUCAAGGAGAACGACGAGGAGAUCAAGGACGGCCGCAAGUCGGUCGCCGAGUUCUUCUCCGAGAUCUCGCACCACCCCUACACCGUCUACGGCGACGAGCCGUUCGACUGCGUCGCCUUUGUCUCGCAGCCCGAGGGCGAGGUGCCCAUCCUGCAGAAGCUCGUCACCACGCGCAACGGCGUGCUCAACGGCGUCAACGACAACAUCUGGAAGCAGAUCCGCAAGGACCACAAGCGUCUCGUCUGGACCUCGCGCGCCGACGACGACCAGCGCGCCUGGCACUACGAGCGCGCCGAUGGCUCCUUCACGCGCAACGGCCGCUCGCUCUUCUACUACGGCAUCCACGACGUCGCCGAGGUCGAGCAGAUCGUGCGCGGCCUCGAGGAGAAGAGCCGCAUCGAGCGCGCCUACCUGCCGCUCAAGCCCGCCAAGCCCACGGGCACGCGCGGCUACUCGACCAUGGCGCGUCCCGGUCUGACGAGCGCGCGCGUGCUGGGCGAGGGCCGCCGCGGCUACGCGACUGCCGUGGAGCGCAGCGGUCCGCUGCCUGCGUCGACGACGGACAAGAAGCGCGUGGCGCUCAUCGGCGCGCGCGGCUACACGGGCCAGAGUCUGAUUGCGCUGCUCAACAACCACCCGCACAUUGAGCUGUCGCACGUGUCGUCGCGCGAGCUCGCCGGCAUGCCGCUCGCCGGCUACUCCAAGGCGGACGUCAAGUACACCAACAUCGGCGUCGAGGACCUCAAGAAGCUCGAGCGCGGCGAGGGACCCGGUGCGCCGCCCGACGCGUACGUCAUGGCGCUGCCCAACGGCGUGUGCAAGCCCUUUGUCGAGGCCGUCCAGGCCGGCGGCAAGGACAAGCCCAACGGCCACGGCGCCAUUGUGGACCUCUCGGCCGACUACAGGUUCGACGAGCAGUGGACCUACGGUUUGCCAGAGAUUUACGGACGCAAGAGUGUGCGUGGAAGCAAGCUGGUUUCGAAUCCGGGAUGUUAUGCUACGAACAACCAGGCUUUGAUUGCGCCGCUGUUGUCGGUGCUGGAUCUGGCGCGCGGACCGACGGUGUUUGGCGUUUCGGGAUACUCGGGUGCGGGCACCAAGGCUAGUGAGACGCCGACGGGCGAGAGGAAGACGGUUCCCAAGAUUACGCCCGAGGAUCUGGCGGGCGGCAUUCGCGCGUACGCACUGACGGACCACAUCCACGAGCGCGAAGCCGGCUACCAGCUCAGCAAGCUUGGGGAGAGCGAGGUGAACAUCGCCUUUAUCCCGCACGUCGCUCCGUGGUUCCAGGGCAUUCUUAGCACGCUCUCGGCUCCGCUGAAGACCAAGCUGACCAGCAAGCAGGUCAAGGAGCUGUACCGCGAGUUCUUUGCGAACGAACAGCUGGUCAAGGUGCAGGAUCAGGUGCCAGAGAUCAAGGAUGUGGCGCUGCAACACGGCGUCAAGAUCGGCGGAUUCCAGGUGAAUGCGCGUGGCGACCGUGUCGUGGUGGUGGCCGCGAUUGACAACCUCCUCAAGGGCGCAGCUACGCAGUGUCUGCAGAACCUCAACAUUGCACUCGGAUACGACGAGUACGCCGGAAUCCCCCCGCUCAAGUAA